GUGAUGGACGGCAGAUCUCUCUCCUUGGUGCUCUUGGCUCUUUCAUCCCCUCAUCUCUUAGCGGGACUCCACCCUGCAGACGAUGGGAGGGACUACCAGGUGGUUCGACCAAUCAAACUGCACGCACUACACAGGAGAGACACACAGUCCCCGUGGCCUGACGAGGUGACCUACGCCAUGACGGUGAGCGGGAGGGACGUCGUGAUGCGCCUGGAGAGAAACCUGGGCCUGCUGAGCAGACGCUACACUGAGACGCACUACACCACGAAUGGCACCAGGGUCACCUCCGCCCGACCGGACCUGGACCUUUGCUACUACGAUGGCAGGAUUUUGAACGACAGCGAGUCUGUCGUUAGCAUCAGCACAUGUAACGGUCUGAGGGGUUACCUCAGGACAGCAUCCCAGCAGUACCUGAUUGAACCCUUGUCUGGCAAUGACACCGGUGACCACAGCCUGCAGACAUACCAGAACCCCGAAUCCACCUGUGGGGUCACCAACAGCAGCUGGGACGCUGCCUAUCCCACUGCCACCCCACGGGGGCGCUCUAGGGCCUCGGCUGAUUCACUGUUGAAGCAGAAGAAAUAUGUCGAGCUGUAUCUAGUAGUUGACAACAGAGAGUACCAGAAACUGAGGCGUGACUUCGCGGCAGUGAGGAAGAGGGCGUUUCAAAUGGUGAACUUCGUCAACGCGGUUUACCAGCCGCUCAACACGUCCGUGGUCCUGGUGGGGCUGGAGGUGUGGACGGACCGGGACUGGAUCGAGGUGGUGGCCUCCCCCGGCCAGACCCUGGGCCGCUUCACAGCCUGGAGAAACGAGGUGUUGCUGGGGACCGGCCCGCACGACAGCGCAAUGCUGAUAACGGGCAUUGACCUUGAGGGGUCUAUCGUGGGAAUUGCCAAUGUGGAGCAAAUGUGCACCAUUAGCUCGACCGGAGUUGUGCAGGACCACAAGCCCCAGGCAAUCGCAGUGGCGGCAACGCUGGCCCACGAGCUCGGGCACAACCUGGGCAUGAGGCACGACUCGAGGGGCUGCUCCUGCGGGGCCCGUGUGCCCUGCAUCAUGUCCGCCGUUCUGGGACAGCAGGUCCCGCGGCUCUUCAGCAAUUGCAGCGCUCAGGGGUACGAGGCCUUCGUGCUUUCCCGCGUCCCGCCCUGCCUCUUCGACAAGCCGGACAUAGUGCUGGCUUCUGAUUCGCUGUGCGGGAACGGAGUCGUGGAGAGGGGGGAGGAGUGCGACUGCGGGAUCGAGAAGGAGUGCCCCUGCUGUGACGCCUCUACAUGCACACUGACUGAAGGCUCUGAGUGCGCUACAGGGGAGUGCUGUAAAAACUGCAGGUUUGCUUCACCCUUGACGGAGUGCAGGAGUCGGAGGGACGAGUGUGACCUGGCGGAAUUCUGCACGGGGAGGUCUGCCCAGUGUCCGCAGGACGUCUUCUCCCAAAACGGGAUCCCCUGCAAGGGCAGGCAGGGCUACUGUCGUGACGGACGCUGCCCCCUGCUGGCUGACCAGUGCGUCAAGACAUGGGGAGACACCGCUCGUGUGGGCCGGUAUUUCUGUUAUGAACAAAACAUCCAGGGCACCUACUACGGGUUCUGCAAUAGGACAGGCCGUGAGGAAUACGUCCCCUGCAAGGAAAAGGAUGUGAUGUGUGGGAAACUGUUCUGCACCGGCGGCAGCAGGGAGCCCAGCUCUGGCCAGGCAGCGGAGUUUUCGGACUGCAGAGCCACGUUUAAUAGGGACCAGAGCGAGGACCAGGGCCUGGUGGAGACAGGGACCCGCUGCGGGGAUGGACUGGUCUGCAUGGACAGCCAGUGUGUGGGGCUGGAAAUGGCCUACGGCCCGUCCAACUGCUCAGCAAAAUGCAAAGGUCACGCGGUGUGCAAUCACAGAUCUGAGUGCCAGUGUCAGCCUGGCUGGCUACCCCCGGACUGCGAGUCUUCGGGCGACAGCGACCAGGCGGUGUCCUCAGGAACCAUCAUCGCGAUCGCCACGGCGACGGGCACCACUUUAGUGCUCCUGCUGGCCCUGGCCGGAAUGGCGGUCCACCUCAAACGCAGACAGAAGCUCGGCGGCUCUCCCAGACCCCCUCCGCCUGAGAAGGAUCUUGGCCUGAAUAACCCCGCCUUCCCUGUGGACAUCUACUCAGUGUAUCAAAACCCCUCCCUGAAAAACAUGGCUUAUCCAAACUACCCGCAGCUAUCGCCCGGCAGGAAGGCCUACACGCUCCGCUAG